AUGGCUGCUUCCAUGACGGGAGAGCAGAUCCAGGCUCUGGUUGAAGCUCUGCCUCCUCUAGAACCAAAAGACUUGGGACCAGCAGUUCAGGGGUUUGCAUUGGCUUUCGGUAUCACCAGUGUCGUUGUUCUAUGCCUUCGACUUUACGUGCGCGCUGGUCUGUCUGAUGUCUCGCCACGACUUUUAGGCAUUGAGGAUUAUCUAGCUGCGCUAGCAACUCUUCUUUUCAUACCAGCUAUAGUCUUUUCCAUUCUGACGACACGAUAUGGAGUUGGAUCCCACGAUGUCAAUAUCCCAUCGCCGUUGUACCUGGUAAAAGCCACGCAAUAUCAGACCUACUGGGAGGUCUUGUACUUCAUCUCGUCGACCAUAAUAAAAUGCGCCAUCGGCCUCACGUGUGUCCGAAUCGACGUCCGAAGACGAAUCACCAUCCCUAUCUAUAUCAACAUGGGAAUUAUGAUCAUCGUAACCAUCCUCGCCUUGGCUUAUGUCUUUGCCAACUGCACGCCAUUUGCUGCGACUUGGAAUCCUGCUUUGGGAUCAUGCCAAAAGGUGAUCAGUUUGCAGCUUGUUAGCUACAUCGUCUCGGCCAUACAAAUGGCAACUGACUGGGCAUGCGCAAUUAUUCCAUGCUUCAUCGUAGCGGAACUGCAAAUGUCGAGGCGCAGAAAGAUCUCUGCCAUUGCCAUUCUCGGCCUUGGUGUUUUCGCAAGUGUUGCAACCUGUGUCCGUAUGCCAUACCUCAAGUACUACAACAUUGCCAAAUAUCCCAAGGAGACAGCAUACCAUCUUGCUGUUAUCAGCAUUACCUCAAACGUCGAAUGCUGCCUGGGAAUGAUCGCUUGUUCGCUACCACCUCUUCGAAAACUAUUCAAGUUUUAUUACGGCUCUUCCCACGAGGGCAACUACCAGAUCACAGGCGAAAGCGAUCGCGGUUUGGGUAACUCCAAUAGUGGUAUCAGGCUCGACUCAGUCGGCGGUCGAAGAGGGACGUUUCAUGCGUCGGCGAAACCAGAUACCAAACGUACUCGGGAUACUGAGACGGAUGAUGACAACUCUAGUAGCAAAGGAAUUAUCCGCAAGACAGAAAUUACUGUUAGUAGUACUUCGGACUUCCACGUCUAG